AGGCCCAUAUAUAAACCGAGGCAAAGAGAAGCGGAACAGACGAAACAGAGGAGCACAAAACCAGAAGAAGAGAUUCAGUUACCAAGACUCUCAAAACAUAAACAAGGAGAGAGAGCGAGAGACUGCACCACGAUUUCUAGUUUCUACUUUACCAGGCGUUCCUGCAAUACUUUUGAAUCUUAGCUCUUUAUGGACAAAACACUAGAGAUACGAAAAGUCGGCCUUCUUCCCAACAAAAAGAGGACGAGAGUUGAUGAUAGAGAUGGAAUCAUUCAUAAUGUCAAGGAGGCUUUGGAUGAAUAUCGAGAGACAUUAGCUAAGCUCCGUCAAAAACAUGGUAGUGAAGCCAACAAACGAGAUUGUUGGAGGCCUGAUAUUGAAGCAGUAAUGCGUCUGAGAAAAGAAGGAAAAUUGGUUAACAUGAGGAAACAAUUAGGACCGAUUCUAGGAGUUGAGGUUGGUGACGAGUUUCGUAACAGGGCUGAACUAAUUGUUGUUGGCCUUCAUCAUAACUUUCGGCGUGGUAUUGAGUAUAUGAAGAAGGAUGGGAAAAUUUUGGCAACAAGCAUUGUUAAUUCUGGCCGUUACGCUAACCAUGUAGGAUCUCCUGAUAUCUUGAUUUAUUCAGGUGAAGGUGGAAAUCCUAGGGUUGAAUGUAAAAAGCCAAAGGAUCAAACACUUGAACGUGGAAACCUUGCACUAAAGAAUAGCAUGGAAGUACGAACUCAUGUAAGGGUAAUUCGCGCCGUUAAACAUUUUGAAGUGGGUACACGUGCUAAGAAACGUUCUUUCACAACUUAUGUUUAUGAUGGUCUCUACAAAGUCGAGCAUUUUUGGCAAGAAAGAGGGGAAUUCGACAAACUUGUGUUUAAAUCUUUGUUGAAAAGGAUACCAAGGCAACCAAUAAUCACAUGGGAAAAAGUUUCAGAACAGUCGAAAAAGCCUAUGAUGUCGAAGGAUAUUGUUUGUAAAAAUGAUAUCUCUGAAGGGAAAGAGACGAUGCCUAUUCGUGUGGUCAAUGCAAUAGAUAGUGAGAGUCAUCCAGCUUUCAAUUACACGCGCUACGUGAUUUAUCCAAAUUUCUUCAAGGCAACAAAACAAAGGGGUUGCGAUUGCCUUCAUGGAUGCUUAGAAUGCAAGUCAUGUCCUUGUGUAAUGAACACUGGAGGGGGUUUUUCAUACAACAACACAAUAACAGAUAGGAAAUCCCUUAUUUACGACUGCGGUACUAUGUGUAAGUCCUCUUCUUGCAAAAAUAGAAUUUGUCAACGUGGGAUUCAGUUUAAACUUGAAGUCUUUAGGACUAAAUCAAAAGGAUGGGGUGUCAGAUCACGAUCAUAUAUUCCACGUGGAAGUUUCAUAUGUGAGUACGUAGGAGAAAUUCUUCAAGAGAAAGAAGUUAAACAAAGAAGGGGGAGUGACGAGUAUUUCUUUUGGACAAAGGGUAAAUUUGUUGACCAUGCUUUUCGAGAUGCUUCUCAACAUGUCUCUUUUCCUAUGUUACCAAAUUUCUUCGGAGACGGUUUUGUCAUUGAUGCCACACAACAUGGGAAUGUGGGAAGAUUUGUCAAUCAUAGUUCUCCUAAUUUGACUGCCCAAAGUGUCCUUUAUGAUCAUGACGAUGUGAGAAUCCCACACAUGAUGUUAUUCGCUAAGAAGAGCAUUCCACCUAACCAAGAGCUAACUUAUGAUUAUAGUUCUAGAGUAGGUAAGAUUGCACCAUAAGAUGGCAAUUUCAGGAUGAAAGUUUGUUAUCAUGGUGGGAUGUUGCGAAGACUCGUAUUAUUGGAAGAAAUUUAUGUGUAUAUUUAUAUAUUUAUAUUUUAUAUAUAUAAGGAGUGCUCAGGCGCUAAACGAUUAGUAAUAAGUUAAUGAGGCGAACUACUGGUUUGGGCCCACUCGACAAUGUCAUAUCUUCUUCAGCAUAA